AUAUUUUGUGGCGGGAGGUUCGACAUGCUGGCCUUUUUUGUCACAAAUUAUGUGGACAACAAAAAGACAAAAGUUGUGGUUGUGUACAUUGUGACGCCCCCUUUAUGACGUCGACAAAGGGGUCAGUCUCUUGAGCAACUGUCUCGUGUUUGUUUUUAUUUAUGACGUCGCGUUGACAGAAGAACACUUUUCCUUUUUGUGAGGAAGUGUCAGGACUCCGUAGGAUCUUGUGAAAGUGGGGAGGAGGAACUUGAGUUCAUUAGAGCAGUGUAUUUGGACGCGUUCGUCUUUAUUUUGGGGGCCAGCUGGCUGGAAAUAGCGUGACUGUGCGUGGAUUAGACCGCAAAGGAGUGUUCCACUAAAGGUCCAGUCCAGAGACUUCAGGAGGACCUUGGUGAUGUCACUCUUACAUAACACCCCCCACCGAGGGUGGAGGAGGUGUGUGAAGAGGUGGGGGGCUGCUGAUUGUCUGUGGUGGCGCUUCAUCACUUUAUCGCCAAGUGCUUUGACGUCAUGUGCUGACAGGAAGUUACUAACGCACGUUCUCCAGAAGAGGAGGCUGAGCAGCGUGUGAACACCAAGAAGCUGUGGGUCUGAGCGCUUUUAUCUCCAGGAGAUCGGAGUCUGCUCUUGAAGAAGACGAGGCGCAAUGUUGGACACGUUUGAGGUGUCUCUGACUGAGGUCAAGGUCUUCCUCGGGAGUCGCAUGUCAGCGUGAGCCCCGCCCCCUCUGACCUAAAUUCUCUUGCGGGUGGCCGUCCUGGGUGGCGAAGCGUCGUCUUACCAGCACCUGUGCGCGCCGCAGUGGUUGUGUCUCUGGCUGCUCCCGCUGCGUCUGAGCACGUCUGAGGUGUCCGGCGGCGAGGAGCCCCGCAGGAUGCCCGUCAAGACUCCCAUCUACCUGAAGACCACCACGCCCAAGAAAGGCAAGAAGCUGAAGCUGCGCGACGUCCUGUCAGGAGACAUGAUCAGCCCGCCGCUGGGCGACGUGCGCCACAGCGCCCACGUGGGGCCGGAGGGGGAGGGGGACAUGUUUGGGGACGUGGGCUUCCUGCGGGGAAAGAUGGAUAUGCUGCCGUUGGCGGCACGGGCCAACAACGGAGACGUGCGCUCGCACAGUGUGGACAGACAGCUGGAGGACACCGCGGCAGCCAAGCAGGACUCCAACAGGCACGACUACUCCUUUAACGGUUUCCACUACGAGCACUCGUCCUCCGGCUUGUUGAAGUCCACCAUCUCCAUGCCUGUUUUUGUCGCCCAUGAACAAGCCCCGCCCAAACCCCCCCGCCUGCACCUGGAUGACCCCACCCAGCGCCACCUGCAGCCCGCAAAUGUCAGCCUCAAGCAGCACCCCACGUUGCCAUGCCACUCGUCGGCCGAGCCAUGCCGGGAUGUCUCAGUCUCACCCACCAUCCGCAGGCUGGUCCCCUCCUCGGGCUCCUUCUCAGAGGCGUCGUCAGAGGAGUCCAUGUCAGACACCUGCGGACCCCUGGACGCCCAACGAGGCCUCAGUCUGGACUCUGAUGCCGGCCUGAGCAACGAGGAUCUGAGGAGCGAUCGCAGCGAUUCCCCAUGUGGUCACUUCCGCCUUGUUGCCUCCUCCAGCAUUCCGCGCUCAGACUCCAUGGUGGGUCUAGACUUGGACCUAGGCCCCUCCAUCCUGGAGGAUGUGCUAAGGAUCAUGGACCGCUACAAGAACGUGGACCACCGUUGUGAGCUGUGAGGAACACGCCAGGCGGCGCGUCAACGUAAUGACAGACUGAGCAGAGGGACGUUUGGACGAGUGGGAGGCGUCAGGCUGGUCCUCAGGCGCCUUUUUCACAGCAACAUGUAAUCACCAUUAGACGACAGCAGCCAUGUUGUCACCGUCAACAAGCUGUCAACACAUGUAGAUAACAUGUCGUACAACUUUGUUAUUAGCUCAUGACACUUUUUUUUUUUACAAAUCAUCUCUGCAGUAAAGUCAAACUAAGUUGUUCCGCAAACAAACUGUUAUUUCUUUCUGUUUUGUCUAUAUUGGCCUAAAGUUCAUCAUUGAUCUUGUGUAGUUGAUCAUCUAGAAUGCUUAUUCUUGUGUUUCAACUAAACGACUGAAGCAUAAAAUGAUUAUUCUAUUCAAACUAUAUUUAGAGCUCUUCUGGUCCUGUUAAUGUUCAGUGUCACUGCUGUGCUGUAUACAUUCAUGUCAAUAAAAUGUUCCACUACAAAAAAAUUGUGGACCAAGA